CCAAACACCAGACUCCCUUUUUUUCGACGAGCAAAACACAGCUCCUUGUAUUAUCUCUCACUCCUUUUAUAGAAAAAACAAAUAAAAAAACCCUCCUUAUCAAGUAUCAUCAUUUCCACUGAUUCAACCCCUAAUUUCAAGGGUAUUCAUUUGCGUAAAUUCAAGAUCAAAGCCUCAAAAUUCGAUUAGGAAACCCACUGUUUUUUUUCAACGACUGAGGAUCGGUUGAGAAUUUCGGAGUUUCAAAGAAAAUUAAUUUUAAAGGGAGGAGCUAUGGAUGCUGAUUCAUGGAGUGCUCGUCUUUCUUCAGCUUCUAAGAGAUACCAAUCAGCUCUUCAAUCACGAUCUGAUAUGUUUAUGGGGUUUGAAGAAAUUGAUGGAGAUGAUGAUAUAAGGGAGGAGUUUCCAUGCCCAUUCUGUUCCGAAUAUUUUGAUAUUGUUGGGCUGUGUUGUCACAUUGAUGAUGAGCAUCCUGUUGAAUCAAAGAAUGGGGUUUGCCCAGUUUGUGCAAUGAGGGUGGGUGUUGACAUGGUUGCACAUAUAACGCUACAACAUGGAAAUAUAUUCAAGAUGCAGCGCAAGAGGAAAUCACGUAGAGGUGGACCUCAUUCAACCCUUUCUUUGUUGAGGAAAGAACUGCGAGAAGGAAAUCUACAAUCCCUUCUUGGCGGUUCGUCCUGUAUAGUUUCCUCAUCCAAUGCAGCACCUGAUCCAUUAUUAUCUUCAUUCAUUUUACCCAUGGUUGAUGAUUUCACGAGUUCCCAGCCUUCCUUUUUGUCUGAAACAAGUUCAGCUAAGAAAGGCACGGAUGGGAAUGUCUCAGAACGAAAUAGGAAGUCACCUCCAAUGUCAAUUAAGGAUAAGGAAGAGAAGGCCAAAAGGAGUGAGUUUGUACAAGGGCUGUUGUUGUCUACAAUUCCUGAUGACAUUUUAUAGAAGUGGAUUCAUGCUGGCUGCUACAGUAUCGAAUGCCAUAUUUGCAACUAAGUGCCCUGCAAUCUUGGUUUGUUUGCGGUAAAGAUGGGAAUGUAUUAAACACGGAGUGUUAAAUAAAUGUAGGAAUGAGUAAGUUAUGUUGCAUGUGAACGUUAGUUGUUGGACAGACUUACUUUCAGGUCAUGAUUAAAUGGAAAAGAAGAAAAAAAGUUACUUCCUAAAA